UGCAUCACACUUUUAUACACUCACGGAUUUUCAUUGCAUUUGGUUGGCAAGUAGCCUGACACUGAGUGUUGUUAAUGCUGUAGGAGUAAAUAAAUGCAGAUUGUACACAUGGUUUCGCUAUUUGACUUGAAAUGUGCUGUUCCUGUAACUAAGACGACAGAUGUAGCGCAUGCCCAGCGCGAGCUCUAUUAGCGCUAAGCUUAGCUGCUAGCUAACACAGCGAGUAUCAUCAUCAAAAAAAAAGGAGUUACCCGCUGAAUUAACCUCCGUAAAUUUUACUUUUCCACUGGCAACAAAUUAUGGAUCGCCUAACAUCUUUUGGAAAUGAUCCUUUUGACAAGCCUCCUUGUCUGGGUUGUUCAUCGUACCUGGUGGAGCCCUAUGUAAAGUGUGCUGAAUGUGGACCGUCGCCCUUUGUCCUGUGCCUUCAGUGCUUCACUAGGGGCUACGAGUAUAAAAAGCACCAGAGUGACCACAAAUAUGAGAUCAUGACAUCAGAUUUUCCUAUACUGGAGCCUGGGUGGACAGCUCAAGAGGAGAUGGCUCUUCUAGAGGCAGUCUUAGACUGUGGCUUUGGGAAUUGGCAGGAUGUAGCUUACCAAAUGCGCACCAAGACCAAAGAGGAAUGUGAAGGACACUACAUGAAGAACUUUAUCAACAACCCACUUUUCUCUUCAACUCUGCUCAGUCUGAGGCAAAUGGAGGACGCUCGCUCACCCGAUACUGCCAUCCCAUUUAAACCCACUGAUGAUCCUCCUAGACCUUCGUUUGACUCCCAGCUUUCCAGAGACAUGGCUGGUUACAUGCCAGCUCGUGCAGAUUUUAUGGAGGAAUUUGAUAAUUAUGCAGAGUGGGAUUUGAAAGACAUUGAUUUUGUUGAUGAUGACUCUGAUAUUCUUCAUGCUCUUAAAAUUGCAGUUGUGGAUAUAUACCAUUCGAGAUUAAAAGAGAGACAGCGAAGGAAAAAGAUCAUUCGGGACCAUGGACUCAUUAACUUGCGCAAGUUUCAGAUACUGGAAAGGCGUUACCCCAAGGUGGUACAGGAUCUUUAUGAUGCCAUGAGGCGCUUCGCCAGGGUCAUAGGCCCAUUGGAGCAUGAUAAAUUUAUUGAAAGCCAUGCUUUGGAGUUUGAAUUAAGGAAGGAGAUUCGAAGGCUGCAGGAGUACAGGAGAGAAGGGAUCCAGUCUUUUUGUGGAGCUAAGGUAUAUGAGCAGGUGAAACAAGCACGAGAGGAUGAGCGGAAUAAGAGGAACAUGCUGUGUGAGGUUCUUCAGUACAUUCAUGAUAGUCGUGCCUGCCAGCAGUGGCUCCACAAACAAGCUGCCAUUGAUGCUGGCAUUACUCCCAUCAUCACUACCAUCACCACCUCAGGUAGAAGAAGUGCACCCCCUUUGAACUUGACAGGGCUGCCGGGUACAGAAAAGCUCAAUGAACGUGAAAAAGAGCUGUGCCAGGUGGUGCGGCUGGUUCCUGGCGCAUACCUCGAGUACAAACAGGCACUGCUGAAUGAGUGUCAGCGCCAGGGUGGCCUCCGACUGGCACAGGCUCGCUCACUCAUCAAGAUAGACGUGAACAAGACCCGCAAAAUCUAUGACUUCCUCAUCAAAGAAGGCUACAUUAACAAAGUGUAAGAGGAGUGAACAUAAGCGCACUGUGCACUUCUUGCAGGCAGAGAGGUGACACGUCGCACAUGAGCUCUGAGAACUGACGUUAAAGCAGACAUUCAGAUUACGGGAACCAUAAUACGGAUACGAAUAAAGAUGAUCCUGUUUCUACUCAUUGCCACUCGUCUUUCUUUGAAAGGAAGAUGCAGGUGACGUUUUGUCAAGUACUGUUUGGAAAGCAUGUGAUACUGUGACAAAAAGUAAAUAUUUUACAUGCAGCAUUAUGCAAUGUUUCUCUGUCAGUCAAGAUUACACUUAGAUUUUGUCAAGUGAGAUCUCAAAAUUGUGUAAUCAUGUAACAUGAUGUACUGUAAUUAACCAAAUGAAUACACCUUUAGUGUGCUCUAGAUUCAAUAUUUUCUGAACAACUGUGAGAGUCCCUCUCUCUCUCUUUUCUCAUAUGCGCACACACCUGGAGUGGCUGCAGGCUUAAUCACAGCCCUGUAUGCACACGUCUGUAUCACAAUGCAAACGUUCACUUUAGCAGCCUAAUAAUUAGCGCUGCUCGUCUCAGCUCUGAUAUACGUGGUGUGUAACAAACGCUCCCUCUGUGAGGCUGUCUGAGAGCUGCUUAAAACAAGAUCCUUUUUUUCUGUCAUAGGCAUAUUUCUAAAUAAAAUGUCCACUGUCAGUG